AUGGUGGAGCUGAAGGGAACGCUGUCCCGGCGACAGCUUCUGAGGAAGAGGUCGUUUAGCCCCAGGUCCUCUGAUAGAGACGACAGAGGGUGGACUCCACUGCAUAUAGGCGCACGGAGAGGUGACUUAAAGGAGGUCAGUUGGGUCUUCAUUGGUUGGAGAUUUUAUCUUCUUUCCUUUCCUGGUUCUCAUGUGUUUAAGGUGUAUGACCUAUGUUUCCUGACGUUUAUUGUUUUCUUUGAUUGAUCUUGUCAUAUGUGAAUGCCCAAUUAAGGUUUUUCUAUUGAAAAUUUCGGCAAAUAAUGAUGUUUCACGCUUCAAGACAUCCGCGUCAUGCUGUUCUGAAAAUGAGGUCUGACUUGCGGAUUUAUAUGUAUUUUCUAUUAGCUUAAACUCUUUUUUAAAUUGGUAACAAUCCUAUUUUCUAUUAGCUUAAAAUGUUUAAAUUCUGACCAAUUAAACAUCGCUUGGAAGAUGGUAGAUUAUCAUCAUGGGGUAGGUUAUGUGGAUGAUAAAAAAAAAAUUAGAGGGAGCUGAAAAAUCGCGGGUGAACAUUUUAUUACCUUUGGAGAGUUGAAGGUGUUAGUUAAUUUCUUCCCAGAGGCAGGGUUAAAUUUAAAGACGAAAACACAACUCGUUUCCUGCAAAGUAGGGAAUCGAAUAAGCAGCUCAUGUUGCUUACAAAUCAAGAAGUUUGGACCGUCUCUCUGUGUAUGUACCUUUUCAAAUUUGAUUUUUUUUCUUUGCAGUAGUAAAAAAUAUUCAUUGGUGUGCUAUGACUGAUGCAGAGCAGAUUUCAUAACAUUCUAGUGAGAGAGUAGAUUAAAGUCUCAGCUCAUGCUGCUCUCUGAUUAUGUUCACAGGCAUGCGUUUUUUUUGUAUACCAGUGUAGUGUGGUGAGUUGAUGAGAACUUCUCAUAAAAAAAUUUGGCAAGUUUUUUUAUUUGCCAGUGGCGUUCAUUGAAGUUUUAGUUUGAUGGAUGUUUGAGUGUUCCUAGUUCUAUACUUUGAUAAUAACUGAUUUUUUGAUGUGAAACCAUUUUUUUGGGAAAGUAGGACACGGAAAGAUGCUUGGAAUAUGAAUGACCUGUCAUUGUUGAUGCCGUGUGUUGUGUAGAACUGGUAAUACUUCUGUUGCUGAUAGUGUUUGAAGAUAACUGGUUGUUUGGGUGCCACCGUCCGUAUCAAAGCGACUGGGGGAACAGGGUCUCUGCGCUACUUAACUAUCAUACAGAGGGAUGAUUGUUCCCUCUCUUGCAAGACCCAAGUAGCAUAUAUUUGUGAUUCUCUGGGUUUGUAUGUCGGACUCAUUGCUGUUGUCAUGUUUCUUCCUGCCUACAAAGAUCAGAAACCAACAUCAGAUUGAAAUUCUAUGAUACACUUCGAAACAAAAAUGGAUAGGUCAGGAUCCUAGACGUUAUUGAGGGCGGACUAGCGUAAUAUCCAAUUGGUGGAGAUGAGUGGUUAAGAUCUAUGCUAUUUCGAGCUGCCUUCUAGUGCUGCAAUGUUUCAUCUUAAUUUAAUCCUUAUUUGUAAUUUUUCUUUAGAAAAGUCUCUAGACGACUCAUGUUUACCAGGAAAUAGAUUCUCAGCAUUUUUUAUGAUGCUGAGAAUCAUAAAAGGUACAUUUGGCAACAUGAGGGAGGCGAUUUCCUAGGGCUGGGACAUUUGGCAUACAUAAACCUCUUGUAAAGAUGUAAUCUGAAACCGUUGACCUCAGUAAUUUCCACCGAAUUAUUCCACACCGAUGAGUUCUAGGUGUGUUAUUUGAUUACGAGCAGCCCAUAUGUAACAUCUCUGUGGACACAUAUUCUUCUUUUCCAUCCAGGUGAAGCGCCUCCUGGAAGAAGGGAUGGACGCCAAUGUCCCUGCAUGGGGCCCCAAAUCCCCAGGCGUGACCCCUCUCCAUCUUGCGGCCGAAGGCGGCCAUCUCAAGGUCAUGGACGCCCUGCUCGAGCAUGGAGCCAACAUUGACGCCAGAACAAAGGGUGCCUGUGGCUGUAAGCGCCCCCCCCCCCCAACUCCUGUCUCUCUCUCUCUCUCAUUCUCUCUCAUUCGUCCUGCAUCUUACCAAAGGUCAAACUUUGGACUCUCACUCCUUUGUAACAAACAGGGACCCCACUGCAUGCCGCAGCCAAGGAGAGGAACAAGGAGGCCAUUAGAUUCCUGGUGGAGAAUGGGGCCUUCCUACCCGAUGACAUCAACGACGGCCGCUUCAAUCCGCCGUUGCACUACUGCCCUGGCCUAGAGUGGGCCUAUGAGAUGAAGCUUAAACUGCAGGAGAUGCCCCUCUCAUCUGGAGACAGCUCCUGCAGCUCUGAAAGCUAG